AUGCCGUGUUGUUUGGAAAGUCUCGGCAUUUCGACUUGUUCAAGACUGAAGAAAAGGGGAUUGUGGUUUUAUCACAAAUGCCAUGAGGACGCCGACUUUGCGAUUAUUCAAUGCUGUCACACUUGUAAGACGAAUGUACCGGAGCUUGGUUCAAAACUUUUUGCUAAAGGCUCAAAAAGUUUACAAUGUUUCGAUCGACAUGGACCAGCUUUUUGUCAGAAAUUUUUACAGCCAGAUGAAAUGACGGGUACGUCGAAAUGCUCGGGUGCUAAUGCUUCAUUCGGUUUUCGUUUGUGUCGACGAAGUUGCGGUUUUUGUGAGCCUGAAAUCUAUCAAGAGAAACGACACGAUGGGCAAUGUCCUGUAAUUGGA